CUCCUCCUCCUCCUCCUCCUCCUCCUCUACUUGUACCAUACACCACCACUCUCUCAUCCCAAUUCCCACACACCAACUAACACAGCCUGGAACAACCACAUCACCACGCAGCACCAACAAACAUCUUGCAUCUUCACCACAUAACAAUGUUAGCUUAAAGCUCAGUCCUUGUACUAUUUGAAGCUUAAUCAUUGUGACUCAAAUGGGUUGUUGCGUUAGCACCAACGGAGCAGCCUCAGGUUCUCACGCUAAACCCAAACCAAACAGAGUGCCACCACCAACACAUCCAUUGCUCGAAGAAGAAACUGUGAAAGAAGUCCUCUCAGAAACUCCAACACCCAAACCCAGUUUCCGAAAGAUCGAACAAGAUCCAAAGAAACCCACACUCAAAUCAUCAUCACUACCCAGAAUCGGAGAAGAAGAUCUGCACAAGAACAAUGUUCAAAAGAAACCCACAAUGGCGUUCAAAUCUGGAGAAAUUUCUGAUGUCUCUGAGAUCUGUAGUACAGUAAGCGAGAGUGUCUCAACGGUCACUACCGAGAGGAGAGAUGACGAUGAUGCUGAGGUUCGUCAAAGAUCGCCGGCGAAGUUCAGAUACCGGUCAUUUUCCGGCGACUUGAAGAGAGAGAAGACAGUGGGUAAGUCACCAGGAAGAAAUUCGGAGCAGUCUCCGGGUCGGGUCAAGACUGUACCCGCAAAAGAGAGGCCCGGGCUUGCGACUAGUGGGUUGAGAGGGAGCUUCGGGAAUGGUUCACUUCGGAGGUCAAAGUCGCCGGCGACUCGGACUGACGGUGGUGGCGGGAGAUCGGGUUUGGGCAGGAGCCCGUCGGCGAGGAAAUUCGGAAAGUCCCCGGGUCGGGUCAGAUCCGAAUUGGCUGAGAAGAACCGGAAAGUCGAGGAGGAUAAUAGAGAGAACAAGUGGCCACCGAUAUCAAAUGAUUCACUUGAAAAUCCACUUGUGUCCUUGGAAUGUUUCAUCUUUCUUUAGUAGAACAUUAUGGUUGGGAUUGUAAUUUUUGAAAAUCUGAUGGGGGAAUUUGGUAUUUUUGUAAGGUAAAAUUGCAAUUAUGGUGAAAAGGAA